AUGCCCCGGCGUCACUUUCGCUACAAGACACAGUCUUUUUACUUUCCGGCCAAUCUAUCUUCGGCUCAGCAACUGCGACUCGAAGCCGUCGUGACUUUUUUGCAACAGCAACCAGAAGUACUCAAUGAAUUAUUCUCUGGAAAAGAUUUUGAAUUUCUUUGGCAAGCUGCCAUCUACUUUUCUCGUGCGUCUUCCACUGAAAAUGAGCACAUGAACAUCCCUACCCAGCAGAUCAAGCUACCGCAUGAGACGUCGAUCCAGUGGACACGUUCGCGCGUGCCUCUUCGUAACUACUUCAGCGAAUAUUUCACAUUUUUGCAACGAAAGCUGCAAGCAGUCCAAUGCCCUACUCGGGAAAGUGCUCGGGCUCUCCUUUCUCAACCCUGUGAUCUCCAGUCACGCACUUGCAACUACGCCGGGAAUCAAUGGUACUGCUUCGUUCCUACUUCCCGCAGCAAUUUCGUGGAUGAACUUCUUACAAUAUUGCAGUCAACGGCCUGUUACCGUCAACAAGCGUGGUCCCUAGCAGAAUUUCGCAGCCUCUGGACUGAAAUUCAGUCCGCCUGUUGCCUGCAGAACGCCGAUGAACUGCUGCAUCUGGAUCGUUCGUACUUAGGCCAACGCUGGCGCCGUCGCAUUGCAUCUCGCUUUGUAAUUGUUGUUGCUGAACUCCUUCAUUAUCUUCAUGCACAACCGGCUAUGUCCCUUGCUGAGUUCCUUCGAUGCUUCGACGCUUGCAUGCCCUAUCCUGCGGCGCAAUGGGAUUUUCGCUGCUUGUCCUCCACAGAUCGUCUUGCACGAUUGGCUGCUGCCUGUGCUUCUACGUCUUUGGAACCUAGAUUCUACACAUCCGACAUGCAGUCUGCAGGGCACUCCUCAGAUCCUAGACGCCUGCGGCUUGCUGAAGCAGCUCAGGCUUGGCCUGCUGCCAUCCAGACACCCGACCUCCUGGCUCAUUUACAUGCUUAUCGUCAUCAUUUUGAAGAUUGCCUUGCACCACCUGCGCCCUGUGCUUUUUGUGCUUGCCCAUCCUGGAACACACACGAAAACCUUGUGGAUUUGCGUGCUCUUCCGUGUGGUCUUCCACACCUUCAUUCUCUACUUUCUGGACAAUUUUUCUUGGAACGCUAUCGUGCAAUGUUUGCUGACUUCUCCUUCCCCACAACAUUUAUUGGUCUCACAUUGGAGCAUUUGCAAAAUCAAUUUCCACCCCUGCCACAAGAACUUCACCAAUUCAACCCUGAUGUGUGGAUGCUUUUCCUUUCAUCCGGUCACCCGAAAGACACUUGGAACACUCAAGCACUCUGCUCCAAUACUCCAUUGCAUUGCGCUAUUUGUUCCGAUUGCCGAACUUGCUUGUUUACUUCUGCGCCUGCUUUACCUGCAAAAGCCUUGGCCAAUAACAACGCCUGUGCAUAUCCUCCUUCGGAACUCCGUUUCCUCUCACUUGGAGAACAGAUUUUCAUCGCUCGCGGUUUUGCGCUACGACGCCUUCGUACUUUGACAACCUCUGGUGACCCAGAAGCACGACAGCGCGGUCUUCGGGGCACAGCAAGCGCAAUAGCAUUUCCACAGAAUUCAGCCACCAUCUUUUCAAUACUUCCAGUUUCCGCUCUCCGUCUAUCGGACUACCUAAGUGUCUUCUUCACAGAUGAGACCCAGAGCAACUUGCAUCUGUGUCCCGAGUUUGUGGUUCGCCGUUCCAAAGUACAUGCGGCGCUUCUCUGGCUAACUCAGCAUAGUCCCUAUUAUGCAGAUGUCACCAUUGACGAAGCUACUUUGGCAACCCUCCCUCAUCACGGUGUGCCACCUGAAUGGGCCAGCAAUGUUCAUUUGACAACAGUUCCACUUACCCGCGAGUUUGGGCCUGCCGAUGCUUCUUCCGCCUCCGUGCCUACUUCCGCCAUUCAUGCUGCCGUGCUCGAUCCCAGCCUCGAUCAGACAGAUCCUGUACACCUCUGGAACACCGCGCUGCUUGCCUGCGAGCGCUUUGAGCGUCACAUCGCUCGAGAACCCGACGCCGCAACAGCGGACAUUCAACUUGCCAGUCAUGCUUUGCAACAUCUUGCACAAGCGAGCAAUCAUCGUUCCUUUGAAGCGGAUUCCCUGCACCAAUCUGCCUCAGCAUCCCAAGCACACAAACUAUAUGUUGCUGUGCCCCAUGCCGACACGCCCCUCGACAGCUAUGACCCAUCCUUUUGGUCAAUGUGUUUUCCAGCACUCUUCCCUUUUGGAGAUGGCAUUGAUGGCCAACCUCGCCAACGGUAUCUGUCCGACCAUGACUGGGGUUCUCUUCUACUUCGACGAAGAGACCGCUCCGCUGAUUGUCAUUGGCGUACUGACCUCGAUUUCGUUUCAAUCCUCUUCUCCAUACUCCACCGUCGCCGUCUCCUGCGAGCCGUGCGGGUUCGGGUCCAAGCACCCACUUUUCGCGAACAGAUACCAUCUCUCACCUUGCUUCGCUCCACUGAUUGGACCAAACUUGCUGCCACAGUUGGCGAGCUACUUGAUAUGCGAAAAAUUCUUCGCUGCCUCCAAGCUGUCCAAGGACAGGUUCCAGGUACUGAUGCCGCCCGACGUAUCAUGCGUGGUGAGCUUGCGUCUCUGACCACUUAUUUUGGGUACCCGCUUCUUUUUGUAACCUUGAACCCAGCGGAUGUACUUCAUCCUUUCACCUGGCGCCAUGCCCUAUCCACGGAGCCCACUCCUUUACCAACUACCCUUUUGGACCAACACCUCCUGGAAGCGCUGCGAAGUGCACAUCUCUGGCGCAUCGUUGCGCAAGACCCAACGGCUGCAGUAGAGGCAUUUCAUGUCCAUGUCGAUACCUUCUUACGAACCCUAUUGGAUGUGCCGUCUACCAGCCAACAUUUGUCAGCGGACGGCCUUGCUUCACAAAAUGGCGCUGGCAUCUUUGGACCUCUUUCCGCUGUUUUCGGUUCCAUCGAGCCUCAACAACGUGGCAGUCUGCACAUACACCUGUUGUUAUUCUGCUAUGGGUUCCAGGACCCUCGGUCCUUACUUGACCGCUUCAUAUCUCGCCUUCCCUUGUUGGAGGCGCGGCUUUGGGAUUGGAUACGGUCCAUCGUCGUCACAUCUUUUGAAGCAAUCCCUUCUGUCUUCGGGCUGCCCGCGGCCAGUUUGCAAACCGUCCGCCCCCUACCGUACUCAGAUGCCAACAUGAUGCUUAUGCAUCCAUCCUACCAGCACCAUUUGCAAGCUUCAGUCGACAACUGGUUUGCCGCGCUUCCAGAUCAGCUCCUGCCAGCCACUGCCUCCUCCGACCAUCCUUUCAAUCUGGAGAUUCCUGCUGACAAACCCUUCGUACCCUUCUGCCUCGACUAUGUCCAGACACUGCAGUAUCCUGUACAACCAGACGAAGGCACAGUACUUCUGUUUGAUCUUCGCACUUCGGUCCUAUACAGUGGUCUCUUGCAUUCUUGCCAGCCAAGGACAUGCUACAAAGGGAAGCUGGGCCGACGCGGCUAUUGCGAGGACCUGCAAACUUGGCCUCUCUAUUUCUAUGCUGCCGGUGUCGCGCGUGACUCUGAACGACAUGCCCUCCUACUACUUCUCUUGUUCAAACCCUGGAUGCAUAUACGAGAUCUGCUUCCUGCAUCCCAAGGGUACUCAUGCUGGAACGAUCACUUUCUUGCGUGGCUAUCAGCCUUACAAGCCAUGCUGCCGUCCGACAACUCCCGGGCUCCACCUUUCACUCCUGCCUACUGGGCACAGCGUACCUUACAUAUUAUUGCCCACAUUGACAACAACUCCAGCGCAGACCCCGCAACUGCUGACCGUGAGCUUCGCUGCAAUCCUGAUGAGUUGCGUGGUUUCCUCAAUACCAUCACCAUCGAAUCCGACCUCCCACCUGCUCCCGACGACUCUGAUUCAGACGUCUCUGAUUUAGACCACCUGAAUACUGCCGACUUCGACUUGAUUACCCAGCCCGUGCCCGCAGAAGACACGAAUCGGCAUGAUUCACUUCGCACUUCUCCUGCCUUCGCUGCCACCUUCGAUAUACUCGUGGCCAUUGCGCGAUCAGAACUGCUUCCCCUCCCAGGCGUGACUGCCAGCUUCGUUGCUCUUUUCCGCGUCUUGGACGAUGCUGUGACCCCACAGACCACCGACUUUGCUACGAAUCCUUUGGAGAUCUAUACUGGAUGGCCCCUUCCUUCCCACAUGUCUUUGCGACAACUCCAACGCGAUGAAAAGUGUUGGGACUCUGUCCUGACAAAUGCUUCUACUGCUUCUACCCAACCGGCUCCUCUUCAACCACACCUUCACUUGGAAACUGGUCCUUUCCCCAAAACCGAAACUGUGGUUUUUGAUCACCUUGCUUCUUGGCUGCGCAAUGGCCGCUGCAACACCUCCGACAACACGUUGAAUUUAAAGCAAGCAGCGUACCUUCUUCUGGUUGCGUCAUGGCUACAAGCAACCUUGAACAAAACUUGGGGCGUGUCCACCACCGCACCACCUUUUCAAUCGUCGUUGCUUCUUGGUGGCCCGGGUACUGGCAAAACAUUUGUCUCCAAUUUAGCGAUCGAACUCCUGCAUUUUUUCUUGCCAGACUCUACACUGCGAGCUGCAUAUACUCACCGCGCGGCAAGACUCAUCGGAGGCCAAACUCUACAUGCUUGCCUGGCCUUACCAUUCGACUCAACAAGUACCUCUGCUGCUGCAGCAUCCCUUGGCAAACAGAAGGAAGCACUUCAACUCCUUUGGCGCCACAUCUCCACUUUCCUCAUUGAUGAGGCAUCUAUGCUGUCUAAUGAGGUCAUUGCUCUCACCGACCUUCGCUGCAGACAGAUCGUAAACGUAGCUGCUGUGCUCUGGGGUGGCCUUGCCGUACGUUUCUCUGGUGACUUUCAUCAACUUCCCCCCGUUGGCGCUACCUGCUUAAUCCAGCCAUUGACCGCGACAGCUACUUCCACUGCUGCGCUGACCGCUUCCCAACUCCAAGCCGCACUUGGCGCGGAUAUAUGGCGACAAAUCACAACAGUUCUCAUCCUGGAUCACAGUCACCGGUGCCAAGGACCACUCAGCCAAUUUUUGCAAGACCUUGCCUCCGAUAAAGGCGUUACAGCAUCUUCCUGGCAGCACCUGCAAAGUCGCCUUCUCCAAGCAAACGAUACUCGCCUGCUGGAUUCCAAAUUCCAACCACGAACCUGUCCUGUCGGCGUCAUGCGACACACCAUACGUGCCAUGAAAACCUUGCAACGAGCGCAGCAAGCCGCCGCAGCUGCUGGACACCGUUUACUUCUCUCAAUUGCUGCCGAUCGAUGUUCUUUCGGAAAUCGGGACGUCUACCUGACACCCGCCCUGGCCCAAGAGGCGGCCUCCGUCCACACUCUCUCUGUAACUGCAAAUCUUCCUGGCCUUCUUGCUCUCUAUCCUGGCAUCGAACUGUGCCUCGAAACCCGACUUUGCCCUGAGCUCGGCGUUGUUCGAGGGUGCACCGUACUGGUUGAAGACAUCAUCCUUGCUGACAACGAACCGAUCUGCGCAACCUCGUCACACUUCCGCUUCUGCAAUCUCGUACAUCCUCCCGGGCAAUUCCUGUCUUGCCUCGCCGCCAGCCAUCGUGAAUUCUUUCUUCACCUGACGCAGUCUACCUCGCAGUUGCAAGAGGCAACGCUGUCACCAAGGACGUCUUCGGCUUCGAUUUGGCGACAGUCGCCAACACCUUGCGUCAUGGAGCUGAUCGGUGCCUUGGAGCAGUCAGCCAUUGGUAGCGACACAGAUGACACAGAUGACAACAUCGACAUCACUUUGAAACAUUUUCUGUUGCAGUUUCGUUACCAGCCACAUCAUUUUGUGGCAGAUGGGUUGCAGCGCUCCCAGGUCUUAGAUUUGCAGCCGACGACCAGUACCAAUCCUCCGCGAGUCAAAAAGAAAGCGCUGGCUUUCGUUCCACCCCUUCUCAGGUAUUAUGUUCUUGUGAUGCUUCCUGUAGCCCCAUUUCCGUUUAUUUCUUGCAACACUCACCAUCUCCUGCUAAUAGUUAAGUACCGUUCAAGCAAAACCCUGAUUUAG